GCUGACGGCACUGGGGGCCCUGAAACGCCAAACAGAGUGAAGGAGGUGGAGUGUGAAGGCACCAUCGAGUCGGUGGAGCCCCCCAUGGAGCACCACAGCUAUGGGCGCAACGAGGGGGCCUGGAUGAAGGACCCGGCAGCCAAGGAUGACCGCAUCUACGUCACCAACUACUACUACGGCAACAGCCUGGUGGAGUUCAGGAGCCUCGACAACUUCAAGCAGGGCCGCUGGAGCAAUCUCUACAAGCUGCCCUACAACUGGAUCGGCACUGGGCACGUGGUGUACCGGGGGGCCUUUUACUACAACCGCGCCUUCACCAAGAACAUCAUCAAGUACGACCUGAAGGAGCGGUACGUGGCAGGCUGGGCGCUGCUCCACGACGUGGUGUACGAGGACACGACGCCCUGGAAGUGGAGGGGCCACUCGGACAUCGACUUCGCCGUGGACGAGAGCGGGCUCUGGGUCAUCUACCCCUCCGUGGACUACGACUACUCGCAGCAGGAGGUGAUCGUCCUGAGCCGCCUUGACCCUGGGGACCUCUCGGUGCGCAGGGAGACCACCUGGAAGACGGGGCUGAAGCGCAACGCCUACGGGAACUGCUUCAUCAUCUGCGGCAUCCUCUAUGCCGUGGACACCUACAGCCAGAAGGAAGGGCAGAUCUCCUAUGCCUUUGACACGCACACGGACACAGAGGCGGAGCUCCGGCUGCCCUUCCUCAACCAGUACGCCUUCACCACGCAGAUCGACUACAACCCAAAGGAGAAGGUGCUCUACGCCUGGGACAACGGCCAUCAG